AUGAGUCUUAUAAGUUGGAACUCCCGUGGGCUUGGGAACCCAGUGGGAGUUCAGGCCCUUUCUGACUUGGUCAGAAGUAAAGUUCCUGACAUUUUGUUUCUUCAAGAAACAAAACUUAAUGCCAGAGUUAUGGAAAGGAUGAAGUAUAAGUUGGGGUUUCAAAAUUGUCUUGCUGUGAGUUGUGAAGGCAGAAGUGGAGGAAUUGCUCUUUUCUGGAAUAACAGAUUUAAGGUGGAAAUUCAAACUUUUUCUAAGUUCCACAUACAUGCAAAAGUUACUGAGGAGGAGGAGAAUGUUGAGUCAUGGUGCUUAACUGGUUUUUAUGGCAAUCCAGAUGUGAGUAAGAGGCAUGAGUCCUGGAAUUUGUUGACAACAUUACUGGUUCCUAGUGAUAAAGGCUGGUUGGUUUUGGGAGACUUUAAUGAGAUUCUAAGUAAUGCUGAAAAGAGUGGAGGUAGAGAUAAACCUGAGAGACAAAUGAAGGCUUUUAGGGAUGUUAUUGAUGAAUGUCAUUUACAGGAUUUGGGUUUUAAUGGUAAUCCUUUCACCUGGUGUAACAGAAGGGAAAGGGCUCAUUGUAUUAGUGAAAGAUUGGACAGGUUCUUAUCAAAUUUGAAGUGGCAUUCUUUUUAUCCAAUGGCUUCUGUUAUUCAUGGGGUUAUAGCUUAUUCUGACCAUGUGCCAAUAAUGUUGAAGCUCACAGCUGGGAGUGUACAAGGUCCAAGAAAGAAAUUGUUUAGAUUUGAAGCAAUGUGGGUUGAUGCUACUGACUGUAAACAGGUUAUUCAAGAUGCUUGGAGGGGUGUUGAAGGAAGGAAAGAUUUGAGCAUUGUAAUGAGGAAAAUUCAACACUGUGGUGAGAAACUUACAGUGUGGAAUAAAACUAUUUUUGGUCAUGUGCAAAGGAAUUUAAAAAAGGCAAAAGAUCAGCUAUGUUUGGUACAUCAGGCAGACCCUCUCUCUGAUAACAGACAGAAGCUACAAGAAGCUAGAAAUGAAGUCCAAAAAUGGUUAACCAGAAAUGAGAUCAUGUGGAAACAGAGGUCCAAAGCUUUGUGGUUAGCUGAGGGUGAUAAAAACUCAAGGUAUUUCCAUCAUAAGGCUACAUAG